UAGAGAGCCAGGGCAGACACUGCAAAGCCUGAAGAGGAGAAUACACACCUUUAAAAAGUCUUAGGUUUAACUGCUGACACAAUCAAAACGGCAACAGCCGCAGAUAUCUCCCAGCAACUUUAUCGCUCCAUCUGUCAAAACCUGUCUGAAGAUUCAGUCACCAUGAGCAGCCACGAGGUUCUCAUGCUGGCACAGGCACAGAUCGAUGACCUGAGUCUCUGUUACACUGGUAAAAAUGGUGAGAUCCCUUGCGACAUCUGUGAGGAAAACCGUCCUUUCAAAGCUGUGAAGUCCUGCUUGACCUGUUUACUGUCAUACUGUGAGCAUCAUCUGAAGCAGAAUCACUCUAUGGAGAGGCUGAAGGGUCAUAGACUAAUAAAACCAGUGGAGAGAUUGGAUGAGAGAGCGUGCAGUGCUCAUGGCAGACCCCUGGAUCUCUACUCUACCCGAGACAAACGCUGCAUCUGUGCUUUAUGUGUGACACCUGGAGUAGACGUCAUACCUGUGGAGAGGGAGAGAAAGAUCAGAGAGGCCGACCAGCAAAAUACUAUUUUGGAGUUGGAAAGAGUGAUUGAAAUGGGAGGAAUCAAAAUUAAAGACCUUGAGAAGACCGUCAGAAACAAUGUAGCUGAGAUAAACAGAGAGGAAACAGAGAUACAGAAGGUGUUUGCUGCAGUGAUGGAUGCUGUUAGGAGAGCUGAGAAGGAGCUGCUUGCUCCUCUAGAGGAUGGACACAGACGUCUGGAGAGAGAGAAGGAAGAGAAGACACAGCAGAUACUAAGAAACAUUGUAAAGCAUAAAGAAAAAAUCAAUCAUCUGAAUCAAACACGGAACGAAGAAGACGACAUCAUCUUUCUCCAGUCGUAUUCAUCUGUGCCUGCUGAAAUCAAAGAUGAUUUGAGAGUUUCUAUUGACACUAAACUAAACUUUGGCUCCAUGAGAAAAACAACCACAUCUGUUUUGACUUCUAUUAAGACUCAGCUGGGGAAUCUUUGCUCUUUUGGUGAGAGAUGA